AUGUCGCAGCGAGGGCUGCAUACCUCCUCCGGAGACAGGCGUCUACUAUCGAGCAAUCCGCCCAGCAACGAGCUCGGUACGGUGUCCACGCCCGGCGGAGCACUUGGGCAGAUCGUCAGGGCGAGCGAUGGACUGAUGUGGCUCCUCUUCCACUCGCGCACGCUCACCGUCGUCUUCAGCGUCAUCGCGACCGUGUUUGUGCUCAACUUGCAAGGCGGCGGCGCCAAUUGCUGGAAUCGCUCGGACGCAGAUACGAUGAUUGUCAAGGCAGAUCUGGGCAAUGCGAUAGCGACACCCAUGGGCAGACAGGCGCAAGAGCAACUACUCAUCUUGACGCCCCUGAGGAACGCGGAAAAGUACCUCGACGAGUACUUUGACAAUAUCGGCAAGCUGAACUACCCCAAGAACUUGAUCUCGCUUGCCUUUCUCAUCUCGGACACGACAGACGGCACAGUCAAAAAGCUGAAUGCGAUUGCCGCCAGCAUUGCCGCCAAGGCGGACAAGCAGAAGCAUUAUCACACCAUCACCAUCCUCAUCAAGGACUUCCACUUCCAGCUGCCCGAGACCAUACGGCAUGCUUACGAGUUACAACCGACCAGACGGUCCUUCAUGGCCAGAGCGAGGAAUUACUUGCUCACUUCGGCACUCAAUGAGAAGCACGCCUGGGUGCUCUGGCUCGAUGUAGACGUGAUCCGAUACGAUCCCGAUGUACUGACUGAUCUCAUGACGAUCAACAAGGACAUCGUCGUGCCGAACUGCUUGCGGCUUACUCAAGGAUGGGAAUACUACGGCUACGAACGCAACGCGUGGGCGCACACCGAGCAAAGUCUGGCGCUAGCGGAGAAGAUGGGUCCAGACUAUGUGACCGUAGGUGGCUACCACGAGUUCCCAACGUUCCGAUAUCAUCUCGUGGAUAUGCCGACGCACAUGGGCAACGCAUACGUCCCCCUCGAUGCCAUCGGGGGCACCUUUACGCUCGUCAAGGCCAGAGUCCACCGAGAGGGCGCCAAUUUUCCUACAUACCCUGUCGACGGACUGAUAGAGACCGAAGGCUUUGCUGCUAUGGCCAAGAAGAUGGGAUUCGAAGUCGUCGGUGUACCGGGAAUACUGGUGUUUCACGCAGAGAAUAACUAA